CCCAGGAUGGAAGCUUGUCACCCUCCAGAGCAAUCCAAUGUCACUGCAUACGGUGCCACAGCUGUGGCCAUCAUCACCUUUGAAGCGUUCGCUGGCAUGUGGAUAAAUGCUUUCAUGUUUUCUGUGAUUUGCAUGGCCUGGAUCAAAAGGAAAACCUUGAACUCUAAUGAGAAGAUCUUGCUGUUUCUGGGAUGCUCCCGGUUUUGGGUUUUGUGCUUCUCAUGGGUAUAUUCCCUUUUUUCAAUAAUUUAUCCCAAUUACUUUUAUGUUCCACCCACAUAUACUCUAAUUUUAUCUAUUCAGAACUUUUUUGAGUGUUCCAAUUUGUGGGUUUCAGCCUGUCUUUGUGGUUUUUAUUGUAUAAAAAUUGCCAAUUUCAGGAACAGCUUCUUCAUCUACCUGAAAGUAAAAAUUGACAGGAUGGUGCCCUGGCUCUUGUUGGGGUCAGUGCUUUUCUCCCUGGUUAUUGGAAUCCUUGUCUAUGAUUUUGUUCAUAAACCACACUGUAACAAUUCCACCAGUGAAGGAAAUUUUUCAAAAGUGAGUAUCAGAAUGGAGGAACAUAUUUUGUCUAUUUUUUUAAUCUAUGGCUUUGAGUUUGUCACUUCAUUCAUGGCAGUCAUCUUGUCUGCCCUUCUCCUUCUCUUUUCUCUCUGGAGACACAAACGCAACAUGGAGACAAUGAUGAACCUCAGCAUGGAUGCCCACAUCAAAGCCAUGAAAUUUAUUCUCUCCUUCUUUGUAAUAUACAGCAUCAACUUCGCAUGUUUGAUAUUGAAUAUGGUUUAUACCACAGAGAAUGGAAGUCCUGUGGUAUUUCUUCUUUAUGUACUUCUCUACACCUUUGCUGUUGUUCAUUCCCUUAUUCUGAUUUUCAGCAAUCCCAAAUUGGAAAAGUCAAUGCUAAGGAUUCUGGCCUGUGUGAAGUGUAAGUUUUGCAUGAGGUAG